AUGGAGAAGAGCUUGGAGCCGUCGCAACUCCAACCCACAUCUGAAGAGCCCGUUAAGUCAAUCGAGGACGAUGGGAAGGGCGAUAGCGCUGCGACGGCCGAGGGUGUUACCGACGAACAAUGGAGGUCAAUGAUGGAUGUUGUCAUGGCCAUCUACGAGUUCAGAGAAGAAGAUGGCCAUGAUCCGUCCAAACUUUUCCAACGCAGCGUUAAUAAGCGCAAUGUCCCGGACUAUUACGAUAUUAUUAAAGAGCCAAUGGCUCUCAGCAUUCUGAAGCAAAAGAUCAACAAGAGAGAAUAUACGAAAUUCUCUUUGUUCGUGCGAGACUGUGCUCUGAUUCCUCAUAAUGCGCAAACAUACAACCGUCCCAAGUCUCAAGCGUAUGAAGACGCGCUCGUGAUUAAGGAUGUAUUUGUCGCCGAAUUUCGGAAACUAGUAGAUCAGGGAAUAAUUCCCCCAGAAGUUGCUGAACUUCCCGACCUCGGCGAGAUCCCCGAAGCAGAUCCUCUUCCGGAAGAGGAGGACGAGGACGAGGAAGACGACGAGGACGACGAGGACGAAGAGGACUCGGACGAUGAUGGCCGGCGGAAGAAGAAACGAGGCCCUCGUCCUGGAAGCAAACGAGACGGUGGAAAGGAUGACGGCCACAAGUCUAACGAUCCUGAGCUAAGAAAAAAACGAGGACGACCGCCGCGUGUGGACACACCUAUGGAGGCUAGGAUCAAAGCUGUCUUGAAGGGGAUUCGAAAACUGAAAGGGCCAAGCGGCGCACUCAAAGUUCGGCAUUUUGAGCGUUUGCCAGAUAAGGCUACAUAUCCUGACUAUUAUGUGGAGAUCAAAGAGCCAAUCGCUAUUGACAUCAUUAAACGAAAGUCUAAGCGGAAGAAGUAUAACUCCGUCGAUCACUUCAUGAGGGAUAUGGACUUGAUGUUCAACAACGCCAAAGUAUACAACCAGCCCGAGAGUCAGAUUUAUAAAGAUGCUGUGGACUUGCAAGUGGAAUCACGGAAGCUCGCUGAAAUUGAGAAAAAGAAACCAGACAGUGAGUACUUGAUGGAGGAUGGGCGUCUGCCAUUACCGGAUGGAAUUCUUUACAAAGGCGAGCUAUGGAAGGUCGGUGAUUGGGUCCAUAUACAAAACCCUAAUGAUGUAACCAAACCCAUCGUGGCCCAGAUCUACCGCACCUGGCAGGAUUCCGAGGGCGAUAAAUGGGUCAAUGCCUGUUGGUAUUACCGUCCCGAGCAAACCGUCCACCAUUUUGAGAAGCACUUCUAUCCAAACGAGGUGGUCAAGACUGGCCAGUACCGAGAUCAUCGGAUCGAAGAAGUGGUAGAUCGCUGUUUUGUCAUGUUUUUCACUCGCUACAAUCGUGGACGACCCAGGGGCCUCCCUCCUGACAAGGACGUAUAUGUCUGUGAAGCUCGGUAUAACGAGGAGAAGCACAAACUGAACAAGAUUAAGACUUGGGCGAGCUGCCUCCCGGAUGAGGUAAGGGAGAAGGAUUAUGAAAUGGACCUAUUCGACGUUCCUCGGCGGAUCAAGAAGGUUUCAAGUCCUAUCAAGCACCUGUUGAAGAGCGACGCAAAAGAGACAGAUGAUCUUCCAAAACCAACAUGGGGAGCCGAGAACGCACCGCCAAUUGUUGGCGCUGUUCAUCGUCGUCCGCGAGAUGAGAAUGAGUCCCCACCACCUGAACCCACGCCUUCGCCACCCCCGUCUUUGCCUCCACAAAAUCUGCCUUCUGCUCCUGCUCGGCAGGCUUCGAUCAGUCAAACUCCACAGCGGCCUAGUGUGGAUAGUCAAGGCAACACUACUGUAGCCGGAACCACUCCUGCACCACCCCGCUCGCCAGCUGCACCAAUCCCUCCUGUUCAGAACGUGCCCGUACCAGUUCCUCCAACGACUUAUCAGCAACCUCAGUUGCCCCCUACCCAAACAUAUCAGCCCGCCAUCCAGAGACGCUCCAGUGGUUUUUUGCAACAGACUCCACAACCCUCCUACCAGACAUCGGCUGUCUCUCAUCCGUACGCAGCUGUUCAGCCAGCACCAUAUACUCCCUAUCAGGCGAACCGCAUACAAGUUCCACCGGGGACAGUGUACAACCCCAAUGCCCCUCGUCCGAUCGAAGUGUUCCAUUUGAGCGAUGCUGCUAAUGCUACUAUCCCGGAAGAUAUCCGAGAACAGUUCCAUUGUGACAAUCAAGGCCACGUGCUAUUUUUCUCUUCGCCACCUCUGGAAAUCAUACCUCCCCUCCAACAGAGGCUAGGCCACUCGCUCAAAUAUCUAGCAGUUAAAGAGGAGCGCCGGAAACUAGUCGAGGCGAAGAAGCGCAAGGAGAUGGAAGAGCAAGCCGUGCAAGACCAGAGAGUAAAGCGUCAGCGGGCUGACGAGGAAGCGUCGCUUGCUGUUAGAAUCGAGUCUCUGACUAUGAAGGCCAUUGGCACCAUGACAGAUCACAUUGGAACUGGCACAGAGAUGAUCUAUCAGAUGAUCUAUCAUGACCAAGCAGAAAAGGCCAGACAAGCAAAUUCCAGUGCCCUUGAGCAGAAAGCCCUUACCGACCGUAUUGAUAAGGAAAAGACCAGGCAAAUUCAGGCGCAGUCGAGAAGUGCGACAUUUGUCCCCCUCAAAGAGAAUAUCAUGUGCAUGGACGAUAUUUGA